CCCACCCACCCUACCCCGGCGCGAGGUAGCACGCGCGCGACAGCUGUGGCGGAGCCCUGCUGGACCUGAGCAGGCCCCACGGAAACUGCCCCGGCUCCGCUUUUGCUUCCUCCUUCCUCUCUCGGAACCCUUUUGCCUGCUCCGGCGGCGCCGGGCACGCGCUCUCCCCUCUCCUGUUGUUGCUGCCGCUGCCCCCGCCGCCGCCUGUGCUGCUUUCCUCUCUCCUCUCCCCGCCACGGGGCGGUGGCGGUUGAACCACCCCUGUGGUUGAUGAGCGACGCCGCCGCCGCCCCCGGAGGCCGCUGUUCAGGCGGUGGGGGCCGCUUCCCCGCCAGCCGCAGGCCCCGUGGGGCGGCCAGGGGCCACUGCACGCUGCGCUUAGAGGCUCGCUAGCUCCCCUCUGCUUCCGUCGGUUCCCGCUCCCCCCCCCCACACCCCGACACUUUCUCUCGUACGCUUUUCGCACUCUCUGUCCGGCGGCAGCCCCACGGGGCACGGAGCGGGAGGGGCGUGAAGGACGGCGGCGCGGCAGCCCCUUCUCGGCAUGUCCGCGGCCGCCCCGCAGCCACCACUUCGGGGUGCGGAGAAGAGCGGCAGUGGGGCCCGCUUGCCUGAAGAGACACGUCAGGAGCAGCCCCUGCUCGCUGCUUCCGGCCAAGUGACGGACGACGCCCCCCGGGAAAGCGGCUCCAGCGAGGGGGGGCAGCAGCAAGAAGACGAGGAGGAGGACGACGGCGGCGACAAGUGGCAGCGGGGGCGACCGCUGCAGCCGCCCCCGGUAGCUGAGGCCCCCCUGCCCAAGGAGAACCCCUGGACCCGCUGGAAGCCGCCGCCUCCCCCCGCCUCUGGCAGCAACAGCGGCUCCGCCGGCAGCGAGCUCACCCCGCAGGACCCGGAAUUUCUGAGUUCUGCUAAAGUCAUAAAGGCAGGAAAAUCGAAGAUAAAGAAAUCCGGCAAGGGUAAUGACUUCAGCAAUGCAGCAAAUUGGCCAACUCCAAGUGAAAUUGCAAACUGUGAAUGUAAAACUAUAAGCAACCAGAAUAAAAAAACUCCAACCAGGAAGGAGAAAGAAGAGAAGAAUGAAAGAAAGAGUAACAUCAUCAUCAAGGACAACCAGGCAGUGAAUCCAGAUAUUCCUGGAGAAAAUGUUAGUGAAGAUGAGACUCAAAUUAACAAUCAAAGGAAAAAAGUUUGGUAUUUUCCACUUGAAGGUAAUAAGCACAAAUGGGUGCCACUUCAUUUAGAUGAUGUGAAGCCAGACAGCCAAGAUAGACCGGGCUCUCGGAACAGUUCAAGAUCUCAGCCAGAAACUAGCAAGCCUCCUAACAACAGACGAAAUGAGACAAAAACUAGCUGGCGACGGGAUAGAGAAAAACGAGAUAAUCAUGAUGAAGUCUCUAGUGUGAGAAGUGAAGGCGGCACUGUUCGAGGAUUUUACAGAGGAAGAGCGAGAGGGAGAGGAAGAGGAAGAGGACGUGGAAGAGGAAACCCUCGAAGUAUGAAAAUAGAAAAUGUGAACCAUGAAUAUUCAUAUGGCUACCGAGAACAAUAUAGUGACAGGACUGAUCAGCCAUUUCAAUCAGAUCUUAAUACUAGUAUGAUGUAUUACUACGAUGAUGGAACAGGAGUGCAGAUGUAUUCUGUGGAUGAAACACUGCUUAAAGAGUACAUUAAACGCCAAAUAGAGUAUUAUUUCAGUGUAGAAAACUUGGAAAGAGACUUUUUCUUGAGAAGGAAGAUGGACCAACAAGGAUUCUUGCCUAUUUCUUUGAUUGCCAGCUUCCAUCGUGUGCAAGCUCUCACUACAAAUGUUAGUCUAAUCCUAGAGGCAUUAAAGGACAGUACUGAAGUAGAAAUUGUAGAACAGAAGAUGAGGAAAAGGGUAGAACCAGAAAAAUGGCCAGUUCCUGGGCCUUCUCCACGCAGUCUUCCACAAACUGACUUUUCUCAACUUAUUAACUGUCCAGAAUUUAUACCUGGCAAAACGUUUGGUUCACAUACUGAAUCUGCACCAAGUUCUCCAAGAAUGGGAGGUCUAAGUACUAAGAAAAGCACUGAAAUGAGUAACCUUCAAACAAUGUGUAAAGGACUAUCCACAAGCUUGCCAGAUCUAGAGUCUGAACCUUGGAUAGAAGUAAAAAAGAGGCAUCGUCCAUCUCCAGCUAAGCCAAAGGAACCUGUGCCUACACUUGAGGAAAUGUUUGGCCAGCCGCAACCACUACCUGCAGAGGAACAAGAACAGGAAGAGCUUGAUUUUUUGUUUGAUGAAGAGAUGGAACAAAUAGGACGUAAAAACACAUUCACAGAGUGGUCAGAUAGUGAUUCAGAUUAUGAAAUUGAUGAUCAGGAUUUAAAUAAGAUUCUGAUUGUAACACAGACACCACCAUAUAUGAGAAAACAUCCUGGGGGUGAUCGCACUGGCAACCAUGUGUCUCGGGCAAAAAUUACAUCAGAACUUGCCAAAGUUAUUAAUGAUGGCUUAUACUACUAUGAACAAGAUUUGUGGAUGGAGCAGAGUGAAAAUGACUGUGUUGCUAUGAAGCAAGAAGUUGAAAAUUUUAAGAAGUUAAAUUUCAUCAGUAAAGAAGAGUUUGACAAUCUUACGCCUGAGCUUAUAACAGAUCCAAAUCAGGAAGUUCCUCCAGGUCCUCCAAGAUCUCAGCAAGAUUUAACUGAAGAACUGGCUUGUAAAUUGUUUGGAAUUCAAGAAGUACCUCCAACAACAGUGGCUCGCUCACUGCCAACAGCUGUCCCUGAAUCUCCUAGAGUCCAUCCAACCAGAACACCUAAAACACCUCGUACACCAAGACUGCAAGAUCCCAACAAAACACCAAGAUUCUAUCCUGUGGUUAAAGAAGCAAGAUCCAUUGAUGUUAAGACACGAAGGAAAAGGAAAACACGGCAUAGUACAAACCCUCCACUAGAAAGUCAUGUUGGCUGGGUAAUGGAUUCCAGGGAUCACAGGCCAAGAACAUCUUCUAUAAGCAGUUCAAAUGCAUCACCAUCAGAAGGUGCUCCGCUUUCAGGAAGUUAUGGAUGUACCCCUCAUUCACUUCCCAAAUUUCAGCAUCCUUCUCAUGAGCUUCUACAGGAAAAUGGUUUUACACAGCAAGUGUAUCAUAAAUAUCGCCGCAGAUGCCUAAACGAAAGGAAGCGGUUGGGAACUGGCCAAUCUCAAGAAAUGAACACACUCUUUCGUUUCUGGUCCUUUUUCCUUAGAGACCACUUUAACAAAAAAAUGUAUGAAGAAUUCAGGCAACUUGCGCUAGAUGAUGCAAAAGAACAUUACAGAUAUGGUCUAGAAUGUUUGUUCCGAUUUUACAGCUAUGGACUGGAAAAAAAAUUCAGGCAAGAGAUCUUCAAAGAUUUCCAAGAAGAAACAAAGAGAGACUAUGAAUCUGGUCAGCUCUAUGGACUAGAAAAAUUUUGGGCUUAUCUAAAGUACUCACAAUCUAAAACUCCACCUAUUGAUCCCAAACUUCAGGAAUACCUCUGUAACUUUAAAAGAUUGGAAGACUUCAGAGUUGAUCCUCCAAUUAGUGAAGAAUCUGGGAGGAAAAGGCAUUCAACUGGUGAGGAGAGUGAUCAUCGACAUCAGUCUAAUUAUUCUUCCAAGAUCCUUGCUGGUAAUUCCACAGCUGCCUCUCAGGUGCGGGUCCCAAUAAACUUUCCCACUACAAAUACUGUACAGGAGUUGAGUAACAGCGUACAUCAGAACAAUACUGCCACAAAAUCAAGAAGUGACAUAUCUGAGCAGUAGACUUUCAUUUAGAUUGAAUCUUGAGGUCAGCUCCUAACGGCAGUAUUUUAGCUCAAGGAUCUUCAGGGAGAGCUAUUUUAAAGCUUGAUUAAAAACAAAUGUAUAGGAAAACAAAGAAUUGCAUUUGCUUUCUCACAAGAUUAAGUUCCAAAUACUUCCCCUUGAUCAAUUGUACUGAGUUUGGGGAUCAUCAAAGAGGUCCUAGGAAAAUACCUUUUGGUCUUGGUGGUGGUGUCCCUGACCUAUUGUUUACAAGAACUGCAUUCCACUACUAAAGGAAAAAAUACUUUGGGAUGCCUUACAUUUCAGCUCAUACUUCUUAAAGAAGUAAUGGUAUACUCAUGUAACUUGCAAAGCUAUUUUCAUUCACGGUUUCCAUUAUUAUUUCUACUUACAAAAGCCAAAAAGAGGAUUUAAGCUGGUAAAUGCAUCUAACAUCUUUUUGUAAUAGUACAUGCACACUCCAUGAUGUAUAGGACUGUGCACGUUUCUUGGGUGCUGGAUUCUGUUCUGUUAUUUUGCUUUCUAGUUCUUUAAUUUCAGGAUAUCUGUAAUUUUGGGGUUGAGUAUGGAGUCUUGAGAUAAGAAUCCAUUUAUUUGGUUUAAAGGGUGUUUUUUCUUUUUAUGCUGGUUCUUAUUUGUACUUCAGCAAAAGUAGAUUGCAGAGGGGAAGGGGAAUGACUGCAUUGUCAAACUUAGUAAACUUUAAAUCUACAGUUUUAAGCAGGUGGAUAAAAUGACAGAUGGUUCUCAAAUCACCCUCCAGUUAAGGAGGUACUUGUGUUUUACAUUUAAUUUCUCUUCUAUAAGUGUUGUGCUGCAAGAAGAGAUUGUUUUUAAUUUUUAACACUAAUAUUUGACACUUUUAAUUUAAAGGGGAAUUAGAAACACAUUUAGCAGUCAUUCUAUUUUUUAAAAAGUUGUGUCAGAAUGAGCUUGAAUAAAGUUUUUAAAAUUUCACAUUCUGCUAUCCAAAACCAAUUGAAUUUGGCCAAAACAUCACUUUCCUUAAAUAUUAAUUAACUUACAUUGGGAGGUGGAGGUUAACAGAAUACAUCAACUUGUCAUUUCGUAUUAGUUUGUUGUGAUUUAAAAUACUUAGAAUAAAGAAAUUGAAGGCCUCCUUCCUUAAAAUUGAAGGAGUGGUAGGAAUAGAUGAAUUUUUACUCUCUACAGCAAAACAGAUACUUAGCAGCCUUCAGGUAACUUUCUACAAGUAAAACCUAACACUGUUUGAUGCCUUAUUACUGGGAGAUAUCCUAAAUGAUCCAACAUUAGUUUUAAUGGAUUUCUAUAGCAGAUAUGGUUGAAGUCCAUUGUAUUUUUUCUGUCAGUUGCCUUGUGAAUCUGAAUAGAACAAUUAUGAAUAUGUGCAUAUUUGUAUAUGAAUAUAAAUGGACUUCCCAGUAAUUUCUACACAAAAAAUAGCCUUUUAGAACUGCUCUAUUUUGAAAAGAAACUAGGAAUUGAUGAUACAUUUUAUAUAGCAUCUUUUCAGUGUUCUUAAGUUAUACAUCUCAAACCUGUGUUCAACCUAUGCCGCCACCUCCAUGAAAAUGAUGCAAUUGUAAAUUUGGAUUUAAACUGUAUAUAAAAGAAAUAUAUUUACUUUCAUUUCUUUGAAUGAAAUGUGUGCAUAUUUAGCUUUUAGAAUGCAUAAUUUGUGGUAUCUUUGCAGAUUUUAUAAAAAUACAAAAAAUCAAUUGUGUGUACUGUGUGGUUUAAGCAUUUUUCUUUAAUCUUUUGUAAUGACACUUAUAUUACAGUUAAUCUAAAUGCUUGGA